AUGAAGACAAGGGACACGAAGAGAUUUGCUACCUCUUCAGAAGACGACCGCCGCUGCUCUGUCCACAAAAAACCUGGUCGCACUCCACAAAAAUCACACAGGCAGCACAAGCAAAACGGCCAGACAACGCGGGGUACCCGACUCCAGUCCCUGCCCAACUCUUCUGGCCAGGGCAGGGACAGAGCCCCUGCUUCUCAAAAAAUCCGUCAUCAUGUUUAUCCCAACCCUCUAUGCCACCGCUCCCACUGGCAUUUGUCCCAGGUCAGCAAUGACCAGGACGUGGUGAUGAGAGAUGUUUCCGGCCAGGCAACGCAGGGUAUGCGCCUCCAGUCCCUGCCCAACUCUCCUGGCCAGGGCAGGGACAGAGCCCCUGCUUCUCAAGAACCUCGCCAUGCCAAUUCCCGACGCUGCCGCUCCCAACGGCGUCCGUCCCAGGUCAGCAAUGACCAGGACGUGGUGAUGAGAGAUGUUCGUUGUGAGGUUAGGAAUACAACGCCUGCCUCCAAGCAAUCCCCCCGCCCCGCGAAUCCCCGGUCCAUCCUUAAGGUCAGCAAUGGCCAGGAUGUGCUUAUGAAAGAUGUCUUUCUGCCCAAGAAAAAAGUACACUUUGCUGGUGCAGAAGUUCACCUCUUUCAUUGUUCCGAGCCCGAGGUCAUUUAUGACCCCGAUGUUGAGAUGGCUGAAGCCGAAGAUGAAGAUGUGGAGAUGGAGGACGCUGAUGUUGAGAUGGUAGAUGCCCCCGAGCUCCCCUGGUGGGUGUGUGAUUUGUCGAUGGAGUGA